AUGUUUAGAAUAAUUAGUGAUGGAAUACCCUUUUAAAAUAAUUGUUUGGGUUUAUCUAGCGCUCAGUGGUAGUGAUAUCUGCCUCUAAAAAUAGGCAGGCCUCCUGUGUAAUGAGUCUGGUAGUAUAAACAGUCACCUCUUGAAUGACUGUUGUUACUUUUAGGAUGUCUAAGAUAAAUGCUUUUGGGGGUUUUGCCAAAUCCUCUGUCUGACUUUUUUUUUCCUGCAGUGAAUAAUGUGGUUCUUGCCCUUUCUGGCCUGUAGUCAUGCAAUGACCAGAGGGAAAGGAACCAGAGUUUAGUAACUCUGGCCAUUCAGGACCGGCACAGCAGGACAGAAAAGCUUCCUACCACUCCACUGGCAGCCCAAGGCCAAGCAGCCCAGUCUCUCCCACAAAAUUCCUGCUCUGCAUGUUCACAGGGCCAUGACCAGCAGUUGGCUGAGAGGUGAUGGUGCGUCCCUCCUGCUGGGAGGAGGCACCGUCCUCAGGUCAGGGAGUGCCAGGCUCUGUUGGUCUGUGGUGUUGGAGCGGAGGGAGCAGCAGCUCGGGGCGCUGGUGGCACUGCUGGUGCUGCUGGGCUCUGGCUCCGCCAGGCUGGCCUCCUGGGGUGCCCUCCCCAAGUUUGCCGAGGCACAGCUGCAGGAACGCCGAGCUCCUGCUUCCAGUAAUUGGGGAAGAGGAUUGUGCGAGGAAUUUUCUCACGUUUUGCUGCACGGUUUAUUGGAGCGUGACAGAUGAGCUGCGGCCCUCGCCCCCUGCUGCAAAUGGGCUUUUUAAAGGUUCUGUUCAGCAGCCUGGCUUGGCCAAGGCUGGUCAGGGGUGGCUUGUGUGCAAAAGCACCAGCUUCUCAGCUCAAGGGAGUGCAGCCCAGCCUUUCCAGCACGAGGAGAAUUCACUUAUGAAGACUUGUUUUCUGUGAAGGCGCUGUCAGAGACACUGUGCUUGGUGUUUGAAGUGGGGGAUGUCUCAUGGCUUUGCUCACACUGCCCUUGUGGACCUCAGAACAUUUUGAUAUUUGCCCCCACCAGCUUGUUCAGAUGUACCAUUGUGCUCUGGUGAAGGUUUAGUGCCCUUCUGUGGGCUGUAUGUGGUUUGAGGAUGGAAAUGCAGUGCUGUAGGCCUUCAGCAGCAAGCCUGCCAUGAGCACGUAAGUCUUCUAGAGUACUUUUAUCUUUUUUAUGAUAAGCAAACGAGGCUUUUUUUCUCUUUUAAAAGCCAGUUGUUUUAAGUUGAGUGAGUAAAGCCUUCUAAAUUGCUGGGGUUAUUAGCUCAGACAGAGCAUCAUCGUGGUUUGGGACUGCAAGCAGGUCAGGCUCUGCUGCCCUCCAGCAGACUCAUCUCUCUGCUCAACCUGCCCUGAACUGGUGCCCUUGGACAUUUGCAGUCACUUGGUCAGAGACUAGGGUUCCUGUUGAUCAGGGUGAUGGCAGGCACUCGUGGUGGGGACUGGAAAUACACCCUCUAGAGAACAUGGCAUCAAUGUUUUUGCGGUCUCAUCUGUGACUUGAGGAGGCUUUGGGAAUGGCAGGGUGGGUGGGUGUGCCCCUGGUGAGGAAUGUUUCCCUGUCUGCCCGGGCUGAAUGAGUAUGGUAGUGCUUCUCUGUGCCAGGGUGAUUUUAGGCUGAAACAGGCUGCAUCCAGGUGCUAGCAGUGAGUGUGGCUUGUCAGGUUGCUGCCUUUGAAGUCAGUUGGGUGAGCUCAGGACCCUGACUCCUUGGGUAGGGAUCUUUAUUGGAACGUCUGCAGCCGGGGUCGGGUGGACUUUGCACGUUGCACUUGCUGCUUCUGCAGCUUCCGAGACCAGUAAGUGCUUGGCACCUUUGGAACUCAGGCCAUCCAGCUGCUGCACUAUGGAUUUCAGUUUAAGUGUUUCAGAAUCACCAUGUGUCUCUAAUAAUUAAAAAGACAGAAGCAGUCUCCGCCAGCCAAGAAACCAGCAAAAAAACUUCACCAUGGAUGCAGACGAUGAAGAGAACAUGAGUUCGAGCAGCACCGACGUUAAGGAAAACCGCAACGUGGACAACGUUCCCGCCAAGGACGGUGGCGGGCAAGGCGCCGGGGAGGGGACACCGCUCUCCAACGGGGGUGGCAGCAGCAGCAGGAAGCGUCCCCUGGAGGAGGGCAACAAUGGCCACUCCAAAUUCCGCCCGAAGAAGAGGAAGAAAACGCCCGGCCCCGUUCUGCCAAAGAACGCCCUGAUGCAACUCAAUGAGAUUAAGCCUGGUUUACAGUACAAACUCCUCUCCCAGACGGGGCCCGUCCACGCCCCCAUGUUCGUGAUGGCGGUCGAAGUCAACGGGCAGGUGUUCGAGGGGUCUGGCCCCACGAAAAAGAAAGCCAAGCUCCAUGCUGCCGAGAAGGCCCUGCGGUCUUUUGUCCAGUUUCCAAAUGCCUCAGAAGCCCACCUGGCGAUGGGCAGGACUCUGUCCGUCAACACGGACUUCACCUCCGACCAGGCGGACUUCCCCGACACCCUUUUCAACGGGUUUGAAACGCCGGUCCCUUCCGACGCCUCCUUCUACCUGGGCUCCAACGGGGACGGCGCCUUUGGCUCCGGGGGGGACUACGCUUUGCCGUCCUCGGCCGUGGCCAGCAGCCUCUCCCAGUCGCCUCUCCCCGCGCCGUCGCCCUACCCCUCCGCCAGCGGGAAGAACCCCGUCAUGAUCCUCAACGAGCUGCGGCCCGGGCUGAAGUACGAGUUCCUCUCGGAGAGCGGGGAGAGCCACGCCAAAAACUUUGUCAUGGCCGUGGCUGUGGAUGGUCAGACUUUUGAAGGCUCAGGAAGGAACAAAAAGCUGGCAAAAGCUCGGGCCGCGCAGUCGGCCCUGGCGUCCUUGUUUAACAUGCAGCUGGACCAGACCCCGUCUCGACAGCCCAUUCCCAGUGAGGGGCUCCAGUUACACUUGCCGCAGGUUUUAGCUGAUGCUGUUGCACGCUUGGUUGUAGAUAAAUUCAGUGAUUUGACAGAAAAUUUCACAUCUCCACAUGCACGUAGAAAAGUCCUUGCUGGAAUUGUCAUGACAACAGGUACAGACGUGAAAGAUGCCCUGGUGAUAAGUGUUUCUACAGGAACCAAAUGCAUCAAUGGUGAAUACAUGAGCGAUCGUGGCCUCGCGCUAAACGACUGUCACGCGGAAAUUGUAUCUCGCCGGUGCCUGCUUAAAUUUCUGUACACACAACUUGAGCUUUAUCUCAGCAAUAAAGAAGAACAACAAAAAUCCAUUUUUAUCAAGUCAGAGCGAGGCGGGUUUAAGCUGAAGGAGAAUGUGCAGUUUCAUCUCUAUAUCAGCACAUCUCCUUGUGGCGACGCACGGAUCUUCUCACCACACGAAGCAGCACAGGAGGACCAAGGGGACAGGCAUCCAAACCGCAAAGCCAGAGGACAACUGCGGACCAAGAUAGAAUCUGGGGAAGGGACCAUCCCUGUGCGCUCCACUACCACCAUCCAGACCUGGGAUGGUGUCCUGCAGGGAGAAAGGCUGCUCACCAUGUCCUGCAGUGACAAGAUAGCAAGGUGGAACGUAUUGGGUAUUCAAGGAGCCUUACUUAGCCUCUUUGUGGAGCCAAUUUACUUCUCUAGCAUCAUCUUGGGGAGUUUAUAUCAUGGGGAUCAUCUAUCCAGAGCCGUAUACCAGAGGAUAGCAGAGAUAGAAGAUCUACCACCUCUUUAUACACUCAACAGACCUUUACUUAGUGGUAUUAGCAAUGCAGAAGCCCGUCAGCCGGGGAAAGCACCAAACUUCAGUGUGAACUGGACAGUAGGAGACACGGGCCUGGAAGUGAUUAAUGCUACGACGGGCAAAGACGAAAUGGGACGAGCGUCUCGGCUGUGCAAACACGCCUUCUACAGCCGCUGGAUGCGUGUCCAUGCCAAGCUUUCCUCCAGCUUGCGCUCCAAGAUCCUCAAGCCUAACCUGUACCACGAAACCAAGCAAGGAGCCACUGAGUAUCAAACUGCCAAAGAGUGCUUGUUUAAAGCAUUCCUGAAGGCAGGACUUGGAGCCUGGGUGGAAAAACCCAUAGAACAGGAUCAGUUUUCUCUCACGGUCUAAUUCACAGACUGCACAUCACUUUGGAAAGGGAGUCGUUCUGGAAAUCCGUGGUGUCCAGCAUUGCUUUCUGGCAUCUCCACAACCAUCAAAACAUCUUUUUACUCUUUGGAGUUGUUUAUUUUCCUUUGUUUGGUUUUUUUUUUUCAAACUUCAUAGUAACUGUUUCUGGUUUGCGUAAGUAUUGAAACUCAAUGAUCUGACACAAAAUUGUAUAUUUUGUUACGGGAAAGUAAUUUCUGGUGCAUUUCUGGAAAUACUUUAACUGUAGGAAACUUGCAGUAAGGCUCUCCUUACAGUAUACAAUGACUCAUUUUUUCUGGGUUAAAAUAAUUUCUUUUUUUAAUUCAAUGUCAUCAAGUGCAUGAAGAAAUGAAAGUUUCUCUAGGUUUUACACCACACUUUUAGGAAGUAGCUUAAUUUUUUUUUUUAAAGAAAAUAGGUGACAAAGCUGAUUCUUCUCCUCUGUUUACUUGUUUUUGAACUGCAGGUAUUUUUAGCAUAUAGACCACAGAGCCAGAAUGGAGUCUGGACAGCUAGUUUUUCCCCACUUCCUUGCUCUUUAAAACCAGCUGCUGAAAAUUUAAUGUCUUUGAUGUAUGUAUUUAUUAGCCUGUGACCCAGUUUUUAACAUGCAGCUUUUGAUUCUGUUUUUAAAAAUACAUUUACCUCCCAUUUA